AUGUCGACGUCAAACUCUCUGCUGGGUUUCUUUACCCUGAUGAGUAACCAGGGUGGUACCAUCGUUAGAGGCCGAACGAGGUUCGAUCGUCUCCUCCACAUCGCAAAGUCCUCGGUACCGCUAUGUGUCGACGCCCUCAAGGCCGCUAUCGCUGAGGCCAAGUCUGGCACAGAUGUAACCCAGUAUAAUGAUGCCUGGGACUGCAUCCGCUUCGCAGCUCCCGGGGAGCCAGAAGCUCAGAAAGACCAGGCUUGGGUCGAUAAGACCGAUCGCGCGAACAGAGCCGAAACCGCACGCCUCGAAGCCGAACUUAAGCAAUACCGUCAUAACUUGAUCAAGGAAAGCAUUCGGAUGGGUAACGAGGAGCUUGGAGUGCAUUUUGAGAAGACAGGAUGUCUUAGCGAUGCAGCCGAGGCGUACAACCGCAUGCGUCAGGAUGUAACGACAACCAAGCACAUCAUCGACUGCGGCCUCCAUCUUGUCAACAUCUAUCUCUAUCGCCGAGAUUGGACCAUGGUCAUCAACAGUCUCGGCAAAGUCACCGGAGUCCAGAGUGGUGAGGAAGAGAAGUUCUACCAGCCCUUCACCAAGCUCGUAUCCGGUAUUGCCCUCCUUGGGUUGAAGCAUUACUCGGACGCAGCCAAGAACUUCCUCCAGAUUGACUUCGAUAUCCCUCCCACCCAGUACAACCACAUCGCCAGUCCCAAUGAUAUCGCUAUAUACGGAGGUCUACUGGCAUUGGCCACCAUGGAGAGAAAGGAACUCCAGGCUCGCGUCCUAGACAACCCAUCGUUCCGAUCAUUCCUUGAGCACGAGCCUCAUAUCCGAAAAGCUAUCAGCCUCUUCGUGAAUGGUAGAUACUCAGCCUGCUUGUCGAUUCUAGAGUCGUUCCGGAAUGACUACAUGCUGGAUAUCUACCUGCAACGACAUGUCGCGGCAAUCUACACGCAGAUUCGAAGCAAGUGCAUCACUCAGUACUUUGUUCCCUUCUCUUGUGCUACUCUGGACAACUUGAACCAGGCUUUUGCGUCAGACGGGGAGUCCAUUGAGAAUGAGCUCGUAUCAAUGAUCCGAGAUGGAACGCUCAGGGCCCGACUGGACGCAAAGAACAAGCUGCUCAUCGCGGUCCAGCCUGACCCCCGACUCCAGAUGCAGCAGAGUGCUAUUGAGGUCGCCCGCCAGUACGAGCUCGAGGCCAAAGAGAGACUCCGCCGCAUCAGCAUAAUCUCGGCUGGGCUGGAGGUCGUGGGUAAGAGGCAGCCGCCUCUUCUCGGUCGAGGAGUCGAGGAAACUUGGUAUGACGAAUCUAAAGCAUCUGAGCAAGGCGCCGCUGCUGAAGCAUAG